ACUGGGUUAACAACGUGAGUCGAGCACCGAAGGGGCGGAGACACGGACGGAAACGAGAACUAGAGAACACUGAGUUCUGAGCGCCCGUGCGCAUCCUGAGAGUCGCGUUCCAUUGUGUGAGACGCUCGAGAGCUUCUAUGGAACGCUGAAGGAUCCGAAAGCUCGACAGACUUACAACUUACACGAACAGCUGUUUCAAAUUAUUGUCCUCCUGAAUUAUAAGACACCAAGAGUCUGAAGACAUGGAAUCAACAAAGCAAGGAGGCGUGAUAGCCUACGUCUGCUCCUCAAGCUCCGCCCCCAGCCCCGAGUCCUGCAUGAGUGACAGCUCUAACAGCCGCUCCCCAUCAUCCUCCCCGCCUCUGCCCUCUAAACCGAGCCGUCUGACAGACUUGCCCACCGCUGGACUGCUGUUGAAACACACUCAGCCACGCGGACACGCUUCUAACAAGACCCUCGCUGCCAAGAGCUCCAUCACCAAGCUCAAUGGGAUGGUGCUGCUGUGUAAAGUGUGUGGAGACAUCGCCUCGGGCUUCCACUACGGCGUUCAUGCCUGUGAAGGCUGCAAGGGCUUCUUCAGAAGAAGCAUCCAGCAGAAUAUUCAGUAUAAGAAAUGCCUGAAGACAGAAAGCUGCACUGUUGUGCGGAUAAACCGCAACCGCUGCCAGCAGUGCCGCUUCAAGAAGUGUUUAUCUGUCGGGAUGUCCCGAGACGCUGUGCGUUUCGGACGCAUCCCGAAGCGGGAGAAGCAGCGGAUGCUCCUGGAGAUGCAGACGGCCAUGAAUAACAUGAUGAACAACAGUCAGCUGCAGCACAUGCUUCACGGCGCACAGCCCGCCCCUUGUGCCAUCGAGAGCAAGUCCAGCUCCUCCUCGCCAUCGCCGCCGGAUUCGCCACGCUCCUCCUCCGAUCUCUCCCGGGACUCCGAGUCAGUCGUUCCCAUGGACACGGCGUCGUCCUGUUCGUCAGACAGCGGGGAGGAAGACGUGCCGAGCACUGGACCCGCUCCCCGUGAGGACCUGUUCGCGUAUGGCUCGCCCCGCGGAGGGUCCUUAUCUCCAGCCAGCUCCGAAACACUCAGCAGCAGCAGCAAGGAGGACGAGGAGCCGCAGCGGGAAUGCUGGAACCACUGGAACCAGAGCGGUGCAGUGCAAACCACCACUGGACCUUACAGGGAUCAUGUGACCGGGUAUCACGUGACCCAGCAGUGCAGUCGAAUCCCAGAAAGCCUGCCUUACCACAGAAACCACUUGAACGAAGUCCAGACUGGAGCAAACAGAGGACAUCUGGUGUGUCCCAUGAGUGUUUCCCCCUUCGUGGACCCCUGCAAGCCCGGUCAUGAAAUCUGGGAGGAGUUUUCCAAGAGCUUCAUCCCUGCCGUACGAGAAGUGGUGGAAUUUGCCAAGCGGAUCCCGGGCUUCCAGGACCUCUCCCAACACGACCAGGUCAACCUCCUCAAGGCGGGAACCUUCGAGGUGCUGAUGGUGCGCUUCGUGUCGUUGUUCGAUGUGAAAGAGCGGACCGUGACCUUCCUGAGCGGGAGGAAGUUCGGCGUGGACCUGCUGCGCUCCAUGGGUGCCGGAGAGCUGCUCAACUGCAUGUUUGAGUUCAGCGAGAAGCUCAGCGCCCUGCAGCUGGACGAGGAAGAGAUGAGUCUCUUCUCCGCCGUGGUGCUGGUGUCUGCAGACCGAUCAGCCAUCGAGGAUGUAAACGGCGUGGAGGCCCUGCAGGAGACCCUGAUCAGAGCUCUGAGGAACCUGAUCAUGAAAAAGCACUCGAACGAAGCCGCCGUCUUCACCAAGCUGCUGCUGAAGCUGCCUGAGCUGCGCUCGCUCAAUAACAUGCACUCCGAGGAGCUGCUCGCCUUCAAAAUCCAACCUUAAACCCCCUCUACUCUCUGUCUGACCAACCUGGGCUGUAAAUUUCACUCUUGAAUGUAUUUAACAGGCUUUUUUUACUGUUUCGUGAGCAAAGACGCA